AAACACUGUAACCAAUUUGUCAUCACAUGUAGUGCAGUGUUUAUGUAGGCACUGGCAGUGUCAUUAAGACAAAUAUUAUGACUAAAGAAUAUGCCUGUCCAGUUUUCGAUCACAAACUGCAAAUACACCGUUUCGUGCCGCCCAUGUGUCACCUGUCGACUGACGUUCUGUCUCGUAAUGCCUCUUAAUGAUGCCGGUAUAGACACACAGAAAUCACAAUGACAUAACUGUCAUUGUGAUAAAUAUGGAGGACCACCCAAAAUGCACUGUUACAGGAUGUCAUGGUGUAGGCAUACCAGGGUAUAAUGGAAGAUGUCAAACAUGUCAUCAACAAUUGUCAGAAGUCACUGUCAAUAAAGUUUUCACAAAGCUUGAAGGUUUGAACGUGAGACCUGACCCUGUGUGCUUGACUUUGGGCUGUGGUAACCCAAGUACCAGUGUGAGUGGGCUUUGUCUUCAGUGCUACUUAAGUCAGGUUGAUAGUGAAGGGAAGGUGGCCACUUUCAAGACGUGUGUUGCAACUGGUUGCAAGGAGUCUGGUUAUAGAAAGUUGCAAGGUUUCUGCAGGAGAUGUUUUAGUGCUAGUCAGAUUAUGGAUCGGUCAGUAAUUAGGAGGUCUUCAGUUGAGAAGGGUCAACAAUUAUGUACAACACCAAACUGUGAAUUUUAUGGCCGAAAAGAACAGAAUGGACAAUGCAGCUGUUGUUUCAAGGACUUCCUGGAUAGGGAAUCAAAGAGACUUUCAGAUUGUUCUGAUACUACCAGGAAAUCAUUAACAAAGAGUCCUUUAGAUUGUUCUGAAACUACCAGGAAAUCAUUAACAAAGAGUCCUGUAGAUUGUUCUGAAACUACCAGGAAAUCAUUAACAAAGAGUCCUUUAGAUUGUUCUGAAAUUGCUGGGAAUUCAUCAGCAAUGAACCCUGGGAUUAAGGACAGCAACUGCAACAAGUGCAGACUCGCCACUGUUCCUCCAGACGUCUAUGAACCUAUCAACUCAGAUGAAUUAUUUGGCAGUGGAGCUGAUGACGGGAAACAGACAGCAUUUACAGUCAGCAAACAUGAUUGUAAGCAGCUGUGUCGUCGGAAAUGUGUAGCUGAGUGUGCUCCGUAUUGCAUGACCUGUUGGGAAGCCUUGAAGCUACAGCCAGUGGAGCAGCAAGCAAGACUGACACAGCAUCCUCAAAGUGACCUUCAACCUGCAUGUAAUCCAUCUUCCUCUAUGGCAGGGUGUGAGAAGCCUGUGUCCAACUUGACCCUCCCUCCAUUACCUGGCUCCACAGAACAAGGUGAUGGAACUAAAGCCAGUCCAAUGUCACAUGAUGAAAGUCAGCAUGGGAAGAAUCCUGAGUCACCACCUUCUGAAACAAGGUCAAGGAAAGGGUGAUCCAGCUGAUCGUAAAAGGCCAGAAAAGAAGAAAAUAGGUCUGAAGUUUGUACCCCAGGAUAUAGCUGACUUCAACAAGGUCUGCUCCUCUGGUGUCAUCAUCUGCUUGUGGAAUAAGCACAACAUUGAUAAUGGAACACAUCCUCUGUUUGAGAAGAUUGGAGAGGUUAUUGAAACCAGUCGUCUUAAGGAAUUCAGAACAUGUCUACAACAUGACCAGGUGGUUGCCACUGAUGGAGGGAAAUCAACAGCUGCCCUUUGUCGUCCACUGUAAAUACCACCCUGUGACCAGGAGACAGGUGGCCAGUGCCCUGGUCAGAUGCCUCGAGUUUGUUGAAGCGAGCAAGAAGAUAAAGACCAUAUUUCCAGUCAAGUUCUCUGAUGACCUUUGUGCCAACCUAGAUGUGGUGAUACCUGCUACCAUGUAUGCUAUAUCCAACAUCCAGAAGUCCACAAAUUACACACAGAACCUGGACAAGUUCUACUUAUAUGUUGCCAAUGAGAGCAUUGCAACACAGUGCAAACAGAAGCAUCGAGAGAUACUGGCUGACAAGGAGAGCAGACAGCGUUCUCAAAGCAGACGUCAAAAAUGUCACAAAUGCAAGACAAAUCCAGCAUCGAAAUUGAAGCCUCUGCCUCUGUCUGGUUCAUGCAAGGAUGAGUGUGCUGUGUUUUGUAUCCAGUGCUUGCAGGAGGGACGACACAAUCAGCUUGACUGCCCCAACCACGGCCCAUGCUUCUCUCCUAUAGGUCACCAGAAUACAUUUGCAUUACUUGUCGCUGGGUACGACAAAAGAGAAAAUGUGGCCAAACUGUUUGUUGCUGAUGUGCGGGACAUGGAGAAGACAUUAUUGGACGAAACUGUGAUUGGCAUCAGGAAAGAGAACAUCCAAGUCGUACAGACAGAAACUCCUGCAAAAAGGAUGACAUGA